AUUACUAUAUAUCUGAUCUGAAUUCUGAAUGCAAUCAAAGAAAAGGAAAGGGCUUUUGCUCUUUGGAGAUAAACCCCAGAGUGCGAGUGUGUCUUCCUCUGCUAUUUUCAGCUCAAACGCUACGAACGACCAUCUUGUCUUGAUUAAAGAAGGUAACUUUUAUCCUCUUGCUUCUAUUCGCCUACCUCUCUCUGUUAUAUCUUGUUCCUCUAAAAUUGCCUAAGCUUAAAUAUGGAGCCUAAGCUCAUGUUCUCCUCAUCCAUUGCUUCGCUAUCUACUUCUUUACCCUUUUUUCUCUCACAAAAGUCUUCUUAUUUCCUCGAAAGACCCAAACUUUCUGUCAGAACCAAUCUCUCUGUUUCACCUUUUCAACUAGAAAAUUCGCAGUUUUUAGGUAAUGGUUUGGUUUUUGAAGAGAGAAACGGGUCUUUUAGUAGCAAGUUCAGAAAAACCCGUCUCCCAUUUGAGCCCGUUAGAGCUGCUGGUGUCAAGUGGAGAAAGGAGCGUCCUUUUGAUAAUGUUAUUGACAGGGACAAGAAGUUGAAAUUAGUUAUGAAGAUAAGGAAGAUUUUGGUUAAUCAACCCAAUAGAAUUAUGUUACUUAGGGAAUUGGGUAAGUUUAGAAGAGAAUUGGGUCUUACGAAGAAGCGUCGAUUUAUUGCUUUGUUGAAGAAAUUCCCUGCGGUGUUUGAGAUUGUGGAAGAAGGGGUUUAUUCAUUGCAAUUCAGAUUGACGCCCGAGGCUGAAAGGCUGUAUCUAGAGGAAUUGAAGGUUAGGAAUGAGAUGGAGGAUCUGUUGGUUCUGAAGUUGAGGAAAUUAUUGAUGAUGUCAAUGGAUAAGCGGAUUUUGUUGGAGAAAAUAGCCCAUUUGAAGACUGAUUUUGGGUUACCUUUUGAAUUUCGGGAUACGAUUUGUCAUAGAUAUCCACAAUACUUUAGAGUUGUUGCAACUGGAAGGGGUCCUGCAUUAGAAUUAACUCAUUGGGAUCCUGAGCUUGCAGUAUCAGCCGCUGAAUUAGCUGACGAGGAAAAUCGAGCCAAAGAGCUGCAAGAGAAAGAUUUGAUAAUUGAUAGACCACUAAAGUUUAACAGAGUGAAGCUGCCUAAGGGCUUACAGCUUUCCAAGAGUGAAAUGAGAAGGGUUUGCCAGUUCAGAGACAUACCUUACAUAUCUCCUUAUUCAGACUUUUCCCAUCUGAGAUCAGGUUCGAAGGAGAAGGAAAAACAUGCUUGUGGGGUUGUUCAUGAGAUUUUAAGUCUCACAGUUGAGAAGCGGAUCCUUGUUGAUCAUCUUACUCAUUUUCGAGAGGAGUUCAGAUUCUCUCAGCAGCUGAGGGGGAUGCUAAUAAGACAUCCUGAUUUGUUUUACGUGUCUUUGAAAGGGGAUAGGGAUUCAGUUUUCCUUAGGGAAGCAUAUUGUGAUUCUCAUUUGGUAGAGAAGGACCGGCUUUUGCUCAUCAAAGAGAAGCUUCGUUCUCUAGUUAUGGUUCCUAGAUUCCCUCGGAGAGGUGCUCCGAAGACAGAUUCUGUAGGUGGAGAAGAUGGAACUUCGGGGCAUGAAGACGGAAUUAUUAAGGAGGCUGAAGAUUGGUCUGAUAUUGAUAGUUACUUGAGUGGUGAUGAGCUCAAUGAUGAUGAAGAUGAUGAUUAUGAAGAUGAUUGGAGUGAUGAAGAUGAUGAUAUGCCCCCAGAUUUUGAAGAUGAUGAUGAUGAUGGAACUGUGAGAAUUCGUUUGAGCAAAUCAAUCAAGCAGACAGAUACUGUAACAAAUGACAAAGAGAAGGUGCUCACUCCUGUGUUUCCUGAUGGCCGGCCAAGAGAGCUUUGGUGAAUGAGAUUCAAAUCUGCCAUAUGCAUCAUUAGCUGUGCCCUGGUGUAGGGUCACUGCUCCAAGAGGCUAUCAUCAUAGCAUUGCUACAGUAAGUGUGAGUUUUCUGGAUGAAGAACAUAGAUUUCACAAGGUUAUUCAAAAGUAUGGGUCCAGACCAUGUUCUCGAGUUUGAAGUCUCAGGAAGUACCUUGCAAAUGGAGACAUGCAGCAAUAGCAUGUGCCUUCUUCUCUUCAAACUUGUGCAAAACUUAGAGUUAUGGCUUCUGAACUUCUGAAACCAUUAAAAGAAAACUUUUUUGCAUGGAUAAUAGGUCUUUGUAUCUUGUUUUCAAUAUGUAGUAGUUUAUGCCUUCUGUUAAUAUAAUUAACCUAAUAGCCUUUUCAAAUUAUAAA